UCCACUCUCCAACUCUCUCCAUCGUCGAAUCCCAAAGCUUCCGCCUCUCUCAAAACCUCAAAAACCACCUGCAGAUCAUCCCCUCAGUUCUAUCGAUCAAGAAGCCGUAGUAGGUGAGGCCAGUGACCUAUGGGGAACUCGUACAGCAACGGCGGCUCGUCGUCGGGGCACCUGCAGGCGCCGGAGCUGCCGCUGCACCUCUGCUUCUUCCUCCUCGUGCUGUUCGUCUUCCUCGGCUUCUCCUGGUACAUGAGCUACGAGUCGGUGGCGGAGACCUUCGCCGACCAGGGCAAGCUCCUGCUCAUGGUGUCCCCGCUCGCGCUGCUCCUCGCGGUGCGGCUGCUGUCGGGAGGCGACGGCGACGGGCGGCGCGUCGACCAGCUGAUGUCCAUGUCGAUGCCGGAGAGGGACUCCAUCCACCGCGCCGGGGGGUCGCCGUGGGGCGUCGGGCUCCUGCUCGUGCUGCUCAUCGUCAUGGUCUCAUACCAGUCCAACUUCCGGGAGAGGUGGUUCGCACUCUAGUGUCAUAGUGCAUGUACCUGUGUAACCCGAAACAUGUGCAUGGCUACGCGCAAGCACCCGUGUAACCCGAACUAAGGCCAUUUCUAACACACCCCAAUAAACAAAGGAGGAUACGGUGGAGUAAAGAACGCA